AUGGCCUUUUUAACUGCAACACGCCGGUCUCCUUGGGCCUUGCAGACCACUUCUUCUACAAGAAAGAUUGCUACAAAAAGUAUUAAUCCAUGGACACUAUCCCGAGCAAUAACUGAAAGGAGUCAUAUUCGGCCAUUAGCAAGCAAUUAUUAUUAUUUAACUGGCAAAUCAAACCAAAAUCGAAGUUAUUAUGACCUCACCACUAGUAAGGAAGGCCAGAAUAUUGAUUUAUAUUCAAGAUCCUAUUCGAAGCAAUUAAGAUUCCGUCACGAUCUUUGCCCAACGAAAUUAUAUACUUUCACUAAUGUUACAAUCAGUCUAAGGCAAUCGCUAGCUCCUGCUUUACCCAUUACAUCAACUUCGCUGUCAUUUAAUAGUUUACCACACAAUCGAAUACAGCGUAAAUCUUUACAUAUUUCACCUAAUUUGUGCGCCUCGCUCGAUGAGGAAGAAUCCAUUGUCGAGAAAUCUGUCAAAUCGUUAAAAGAACGAAAAAUUGCUGUAUCAAAAACUGCAGUCGUCGGUGGUGUAAGCGAAACUGGGCACAUUGACACUAAUACUAAAGACAUGGUCACAAAGCCAUCAUUAUUGGAGAGGAUAAAAUCUGAAGUAUUACACUAUUAUAACGGAUUUCGAUUAUUGGCAAUAGAUAUAAAAGUAGCUUCUCGGUUGCUAUGGAAAAGUCUUAAUGGCAAUUCUUUAAGUAGACGUGAAAGAAAACAGUUUACUAGGACAGUAUCAGAUAUUUUUCGCCUUCUACCAUUCUCAAUAUUUAUAAUUGUACCAUUCAUGGAAGUAUUGCUGCCGGUUGCAAUUAAACUUUUUCCAAAUAUGUUACCCAGUACAUUCGAGGACAAGGAGAAAAGGGAUGAAAAGCGAAGGAAACAACUCAAUGUUAAGCUGGAAAUGGCAAAAUUCUUACAAGAUACAAUUGAAGAGAUGGCGGUAUCUAAAAAGAUACAAUCAAAAGAUUCGGCACAAAGUUUGGUGACAUUUUUUCAAGAUAUACGAUCCAGUGGAACUCAAGCGUCUAAUGAAGAUAUUAUUAAAUAUUCCAAGUUUUUUAAGAAUGAAUUAACUCUCGAUAGCAUGUCCAGAUUACAACUUGUAGCAUUGUGUAGAUUAUUACUAAUAACCCCGUAUGGAACGGAUAACCUCCUACGCUUUCAACUUAGACUCAAACUUAGGCAACUAAAAUCAGACGACAUGCUAAUCCGGAAAGAAGGUAUAGAUUCACUAAAUGCAGCAGAAUUGCAGUCUGCUUGUCAAGCUAGAGGAAUGCGUGCAAUUGGUGUAUCAGUUCAAAGAUUGAAAUCUCAGUUAUCUCAGUGGCUUGAGUUGCACCUUGAGAAAGAGAUUCCAACAUCAUUGUUACUACUAUCUCGAGCCCUUUACCUACCUGAACAUUUAUCUGCUUCUGACGCCCUUAAAGCCACAUUAUCUAAAUUGCCUGAAAGCAUGGUCGAUAAAGCGGGUGUCGAGGUAGCUGAAGUAGAAGGUGAUUUAAUUGAUCAUGGAAGAAAGUUAGAAGUUAUCAAACAUGAAGAGGAGCUUAUCGCAAAAGAAGAAGAUGAAAAGAAGAAGGAAGAGGAAGAAAAGAUGAAGGAAAAGGAAACUUUAUCUACUGCGACUGACGAUUCUUCACAAGAAGUCGUUCAGAAGGAAGUGCUUAAGGAUACUAUCCCCAGUGUGAAAAUUAGUACCAAAGAGGAGGACAAGAUCUCUAAGGAAGAAUUAAUCGAAGUGAGCAAAGCUAUUUCUGAACUUUCUGAAACUUCUCCGUUGUCGACAGAGAAGGAAUUGCUACAAGAAUUGAAAGAAGAUAGGGAAGAGUACAAAGAGGAUGUCGAUGAAUUAGUAGAUCUUGGCAAGGAUGAUCAAGUUGAAGAGUCAAUCAGUUCUAAGCGCCUUGGUAGAAGGCUUGAUAGGAUCAUCACAGAUAUACAAGGAAAAAUUAGCAAGUUAGAGGAAAAAAGCAAGCAAAAGAGUAACCGAUCUCUUUUCGCUAGGUUACGUGGUGACGUAAGGGGAGAUGGAAUCGUAACUACGCAGGAGCUGGUAAUGGCUAUCAUGGCUUCAAAAGACAAACCUGACUACGAUAAAAUCAAAAAGAUAGCCGAAAUAUUUGAUGAAAAUCAUGAUGGCUCUGUUGAGAUAAGCGACAUAAGAAAGACGAUCGAAGUAAUUUCAGAAGAAGGAGUAGAUUUAAAAGCAGAUCAGAUAACAAAUAUUGUUAGGCUGUUAAAGGAAGCCGAAGUUGCUAACAAAGAAAGUGAAUCUUCAGAAGCAGUUUAA